GUUAUGCAAUCGUACAGAAAGUUUCCCAAUAGAUAAUAAAAAAUUUAGUAAUUAUUUAAAUAAUCAUAAUUUUAGUACGCCAUUUAUAAUGCAACAAUCAUCACAGCAACGAAAUAUAUUUAAUUUAUAUCCAAACUCUAGUCGAAAUUACAAUCAUAUUCCAAAUAUGAUGUAUUCGAAAACAUCAUCGUCACGAAUACGACGGCAUCGAAUACCUCAUCAAAAACAUCACCAACCCCAACCACACAAUCAAAUUAUUACAACAAUAUAUGAUCCAAAAGAACAUCGAUAUUUGGAUCCAUAUGAAAUCGAUAAUAAUAAUUUAUUAAUCAAUCGGUUAUUAAAAUCAUCGAGAUCACGAACAAUUCCUACAUCAACUCAACAAUCAUCAGCAUCACUAGAUUUAAUAAAUGAUAAUCAAUAUUUGCCAAAUAUAUUCCAAUCAGAGGCGUAUCAUCAUGGAACAAAUACAAUACAAAUGAGGGAUGCAAUGGAUACAUCACGUGCAGCAAUCGAUUAUUUUUUAAAUAAUCGUAAAGCUCGAGCUACCCCUAACCAUCAUAACAAUAAAUCAGCAACAAGUAUACAGCGAUUUCAGGGCCAUCAUUUUUGUCCUGGUCAAGAUGUUGCAACACGUGCAUAUUUAGCACCAAUUGUAUUUGAGGGUAAGGUGCGAUCAAUGAGUUCGAAUAAAAAACCACAUUAUGCUGUAACAUUCGAAGUGAAAAUUGUAUAUAAAAAUCAAUCGAAAUUCAAUAAACCACUAGUCAAAAACGAAACAAUACGAUUACACUUUGCGCACGGCAAAGGUACCACAUGUGAAUGUUUAGAUUAUUAUAGUAAUAAUAAUAUUUCAUCCACAAAGUUGUCAUCUUCAACGAUCAAUAAUAACAGUCAUCAUCAAAUGUUGAUGCAACAUCAAAUUUCUUCAUCAUCAGCCACACAACAGCAUGUUCAUUGUGGUAAUUUAGUGAAAGCGCAUUUACGAGCUGGGAAAACGUAUAUAUUGUUUGUAAAUCGUCUAGGAGCACAUAAUUAUACAGUUUUGGGACCGCCUGUUGCAAGCACAAAUAAAAGUGUACAUGCUGUUUUACGGGUCGUGCAUAAUUUAAAUUCGGUAAAACCUGCGAAUGUUAGUGAAUUAAAUGAUGUUACGUUAAAAUGGGGUAAAAAAUUAAAACUAGUAUGUAGAACACAAGGAUUUCCACCACCACGAGUACAUUGGUUAAAAAACGGUACUGAUAAUUUCUUAAGGUUAAAACGUGUACGUAUACAACAUAGAAGGCGACAAUCAACUCUAGUUAUAUCGAAAGUAAAACUGGAAGAUGCGGGGCGGUAUGAAUGUUCAGCGCGCGGAGUAAUUGGUCCACCAAUAACGAAAUCGGCAUUUGUUCGAGUGUUGAAUAAUACACGAACUGAAAAUAUUUUUGUUACAGCAUCUUCAGCAGAUCCACAUCCAUGCACUGAAGAUCGAGCACAAAUUUGUAUGAAUGGAGGUACCUGUAUGUUUUUUUCAACAAUUGGCGAAUACGCUUGUCAGUGCGCUAACGGAUUUAACGGCAGAAGAUGUGAUCAAAAAAUGCCGCUUAUGACAAAGAGUACGUAUACCUCAUAUUCAUGUAAUGAUAAAUAUCUUUGUUAAUAA